UAUUUUCGCGCCAAAAGUGGUUGAUUGCUCAUUUAUACACAUAGAUAUUUCACGUAUAAUUUCUAAAGAACAAAAAUAGAAAAAUGGAAACUCAAGAUUUGGAUCUGCAUUUACGAGAGAUUCAACGACAGUAUUUAGACUUUUUAGACGAUGAGGCCGACCAAGGAAAGUAUUUUCAACUUGUAAAGGAUAUGAUAGAUGAUAAAAGUUACCGGUUAUUAGUUAACAUCAAUGAUAUACGUAGGAAAAAUUCAACAAGAGCUCAAUCUCUUCUUAAAAACGCCUUCGAAGAACAAGUAGCUUUUCAGAAAGCUUUAAAAGAGUACAUUUUGUCUCUCACUCCAGAGUACGCUAAAGAUAAUCAGGAGUUUUUCAUUGCAUUUGAGGGCAGUUUUGGUAAUAAGCAUGUUACACCUAGAACCUUGACUUCAAGGUACCUUGGCAAUCUCAUAUGUGUGGAAGGAAUUGUAACUAAAUGUUCACUGAUUCAUCCUAAAGUUGUAAGAAGUGUGCAUUACUGUCCUGCUACUAAGAAAGUUAUGGAGAGGAAAUAUUCUGAUUUGACUUCUCUUGAUGCUAUGCCUUCAGUUGCAGUUUAUCCAACUAAGGAUGAAGAUGGAAACCCACUUGAAACUGAAUACGGUCUAUCUUCCUACAAAGAUCACCAGACUAUUUCCAUUCAAGAAAUGCCAGAGAAAGCUCCAGCUGGUCAGCUGCCCAGAUCUGUGGAUAUUAUUUGCGAUAACGAUUUGGUAGAUACAUGCAAACCUGGAGAUAGGAUACAAGUUGUUGGAAAUUUUAGAUGUAUGCCAAGUAAACAGCAAAAUUACACAAAUGGUACAUUCAGGACAAUUGUAAUUGCUAACAACAUAUCUCAACUAAGUAAAGAGGCAACACCAUCUAUAACAAGAGAAGACGUUGCCAGAUGUAAGAAACUUGCUAGAUCCAAAGAAAACAUGUUUGAGUUACUUGCAAAAUCUCUUGCACCAUCCAUACAUGGUCAUGAGUACAUCAAGAAAGCCGUUUUGUGUCUUUUGCUUGGUGGAGUUGAAAAAGUGUUACCUAAUGGUACCAGACUCAGAGGUGACAUAAACGUACUUUUAAUUGGAGAUCCUAGUGUAGCCAAGUCACAGCUUUUGAGAUAUGUGUUACAUACUGCACCAAGGGCAAUCCCCACUACAGGCAGGGGUUCGUCUGGUGUUGGUUUAACAGCAGCUGUAACUACAGAUCAAGAAACUGGCGAACGAAGGCUAGAAGCAGGUGCUAUGGUUCUGGCUGACAGAGGUGUAGUUUGUAUUGAUGAAUUCGAUAAAAUGAGUGACAUUGACAGAACAGCUAUACACGAAGUUAUGGAACAAGGGAGAGUAACUAUAGCUAAAGCUGGAAUUCACGCUAGUCUGAACGCUAGGUGUUCUGUUUUAGCAGCUGCCAAUCCUGUAUAUGGCAAAUAUGACCAAUAUAAGACCCCAAUGGAAAAUAUAGGUUUGCAAGAUUCGCUUCUAUCUCGUUUUGAUUGCCUUUUUGUCAUGUUAGAUACAAUUGAUGAAGAUCAUGAUUUGAAAAUAUCUGAUCAUGUAGUCAGAAUGCAUAGAUACAGAAAUCCAUUAGAACAAGAUGGAGAAGUAUUACCUAUGGGUUCAAAUGUUGAUAUGUUAAGUACAAUGAACCCUGACGAAGAAGACGAGAAAGAAACGCCUGUGUAUGAAAAAUAUGAUGCUUUAUUGCAUGGAUCAAGUCGUCAUCGAUCAGAUAAAAUUUUAAGUGUUGAAUUUAUGAAGAAAUAUAUUUAUUUUGUUAAAAUUUUGAAACCUGUAUUAACAAAAGAAGCAUGUGAAAUAAUUGCUGAUGAAUAUUCUAAAUUAAGAUCAGAAGAUCUUUUAGAAAGCCACACUGCUAGGACCCAACCAGUGACUCCUCGUACUUUAGAAACCAUGAUACGUUUAGCAACAGCACAUGCUAAAGCUAGGAUGUCAAGACAAGUAACUAGUGAAGAUGCUCAUGUAGCAUUAGAACUUAUACAAUAUGCUUAUUUCAAGAAAGUAUUGGAAAAGGAGAAAAAACGUCGAAGACAUGAUAAUGACGAUUCCGAGAAUGAAGAUAAUCAAAGGCAGAAACGGACUAGAGCUGAGACUGAUGCAGGUGAAGAUUCAGAGGAGGAAAUAAUAUCUCAAAGUUCAACAAGAAGCAGGUCAACAGUUUUAACAGGAGUCGAACCAAUGGAUGAUCAAAGUACAAAUACAAAUGGUUUAAAUGGUCAUACAAACGGAUUUUCCCAAGAAUCAGAACAUAUGGAUGUUGAUGAAAGUCCUAAAGAAAUUUCUGAUGAAAGGUUUUCUUCGUUUAAGACUAGUCUUCAGCACGCCUUUAGGGAAAAUAGAGCUCAAUCAUUGGGCUUAAGUAGAAUUAGAGAUUUUGUAAACACUGAUACUGCUGUUCCAUACACUCAAGGAGAAAUCAAUGCUGCCAUAGAGAAAAUGACAGAUGCCAACCAAGUAAUGUUGGCUGAUGGUAUUGUAUUCUUAAUCUGAAAUAUUAAGGAAGAAUGUAGUUGAUAAGUUACUUUAUUAUUUAAUCAAGUUGUAUUGAUGUUUCUUUUUAAUUUUCUUUUAUAUAUUUUUAAAUUAAAGUAGG